ACGAUUUAAAGUGAACAAACCAUGCAAAAUGCUUCCCAGCCUCUAGAAAGUUGCGAUUUGAUAAAAAUGCUCACCACUUCCGCUUUGGUAUCAGAAAUUCAAAAUGGCGGCAAAUCAGGUGCAUUUAGAUGACCCAUUUGGAUACUGAUACAACAUGGACGAGACAAUGCCAGGUCCAGACACUUCCAAUCUUCUGACUGCUGGUCAAGCGGAGCCAGCUGAAGUCAGUAAAGCCAUCAAACGAGAGCAAUCUCCGUCCAUAGAAAUUGUUCAUCCCAAACUGACUGUGUUUCAGACAUGUGCAAUUGUAGUAUCAUCAGUCGGCGGGUCAGGACUCUUUGUUGCAAUGUCGACGAUAAUGCGGACCAGCGGAUCAGUUGGGGCUAUGUUGAUAGUUGUCCUGAUAUCGGGACUCCUCAAUUACUCCCUAGCUAACUGCUUCGCUGAGGUAGCAGUACAACUCCCAAAGGCCGGUGGUCCAUACUUUUUUAUCAAACAAGUGUUUGGUGACUUCCCAGCCUUCCUGUUUCUAUGGGGAUUCUUUUUCCUGAUUGUGACCCCUAUCUGGGGAUUUCUGGCCUACACGUCUGCCAUCUACAUUGUGCAGCUGUUCUUUCCCGGCUGUCAACCACCUGAUGAGGCUGUGAAACUGCUGGCUAUUGUCAUUUUAGCAUUGACCAUCUUGGCCAACUGCAUGUACCUUCCAUUUGUGACCAAACUGCAGAUGAUUCUUACUAGUGCCAAGAUCGUUGCCAUGUUGAUCAUCAUCAUCGCAGGCAUUGUGGCCCUUAUCGAUGGGGAAGGGAUGAGCUAUACAAUGAUAUUUGAGGGUUCCUCCACACAGCCAGGGGACUAUGCAGUCAGCAUUCUUGCUGGAACGUUCCUGUUCGGGGGAUGGCAGCUUAUCACUUUUCUUCUUGAAGAAAUGGACAGUCCCGAAAAAAAUUUGCCAAAGACACUGAGUAUAUCAUUCACGAUCGCGAUAACGCUGAGUGAGUUGGUGGUGGCGGCGUACUUCGUAGUGCUCUCACCUCAAGAAGUUCUCAGUGGGGACGCUGUGGCUGUGAUGUUUAUGAAUAAAAUCUACCGUCCAAUGUCUCCUGUGAUAUCAAUAUUUGUAACAGCUACUUCGAUUGGUUCCCUGAAUGCCGUAGUGUUAGCUCAAUCCCGAAUGGUCAGCACUGCAGCAAGACUUGGCCACAUGCCAGAAAUUAUGUCUUUCCAAAGCAGCUCAUAUAAUAUGCCCUGGCCUGCAAUAUUUGGAGUGUCAUUGAUCUCUCUUGUGAUGCUGCUACUGCUGGAAGCUUCCACCAUCAUUAAGAUGACAAGCUUCAUGGCCACGGUGAUGGGGCUCGCUGUUUUGCUCUGUCUUCUCGCCCUCCGUGUACGCAAACCUGACGCUCAUAGGCCACUGCAGGUGUGGUUGGGUACUGCAAUAUUCCAGCUGGUUCUCAAUGUUGCCACUCUAUUGAUGAGUAUAUACCAGGAGCCCCGGGAUAUUGGGCUCCUUGCACUGUUCAUGCUGGCUGGGACCCCCGUGUACAUUGUCUGUGUUCGCUGGUCGAAACCCAAGGAGGUGGAAAAACUUAUAGGUUCAUUGAAUUUGUCACUGCAGAAAUUGCUUUUAUUGAAGAAGAUGUAACAGCUAUACAUGGGCUUGACCAUGGAUCUACAACAUUCUGUUCUUCUGGAUCCACAACAUAUCUGUCUUCAAGCUCUACAAACCCAGAAGAAUCUUUAUACAUGAUGUUUAUAUUAAAUGUAUAUAGUGUUACAAAUUAUAGAAUCAUGUAUCUUUAUUUUGAUAUAAGAUGUGAUAAUCCCUAUUGUUAUAGCCAUGUACAAUCAUUUUUUUUAUUUGUUGAUAAACAUUGCAUAAUGGUAUAAAAUUGUAAUAUGUAUCAUAUUUGGACGCUCUAUUUUAUCCAUUUCUACUGAUUUUGGAAGGAGGAAAAUAAGUGAGGUAUUGUGAUAGCCUUGGUUUUGUCGGUGUCGGUGGCAUUGUCGUGCACUAACACUCAGCUUAGUCAUAACUCAAGUACCAUUCCAGACAUUCUCAUGAAACUUGGUACACAUGUUGCCAUAGCUAAUAUAAACAUGUUUCUCAAGGCCCAUAAUUCUGGCUCUAAUUAUAGUUAAGUUAUUCCCCUUUAUCAAUGGGAGAAAACAAUGAGCGUUUUCAUCCACAAGUGGUUCUCUUGUUUAUUAUGAACUAUGACAUAUGCCAUGACAUUUUAUUCAAAGAAUAUUGUGAUUUUUCUCUUAUAGUGAAUAAUGUUUUACAGUGUUCUGUUAAUAUGUGCAAACAGGUUUUUGAAUAAGGUCAAUGUUCUACGAUAUAAGUGAGUAGUGGACAGUUAUGGUCACAAAUUUUUAAGCUCAACAUAAGCAAAUUGACAUGAAUCAACCUGAUAUAGAUAUUUAUAGCUGAAAAACCAAUGGAGAGGUUUAUAAGUCACAUGAUGACACUGGAAAAAACCAAUGCACAUGGACUUAAAUUCAGAAUUGUUUUCAUUAAACAAAGUAGAUAAAUAUCGAGGGUCGGUCAUGUUCUGAUUCGAGCAUCAUCACAAUUGUUCAGGGAUUACAAUCAACAAUUGCAAACAAACAAUUCCAUGUGCAAUGUAAUUCAGGUCAAGAAAUGUUCACGUGGUGUCCAGUUACUGUAAAAUUAUUGUAUAUUGAUAAAUUAUUUGCCAUACAUUAUUCUAUUACAGCUGCUGAAAUUUGUUUCUUAUUCUCAGGAAAUUGAUAUUACCAGUAUAUUGCUUUGUUUGGAAUUGUCUGGGUUUUUUUUUUAUUUUUAUACUUUUUGAAAUAUUUGCAUUUUUUUAGCAUUUUUACUUUUGUUUAACAUACAUCAAAAUGAGAGAAAUCAAUUUCACAUUUGUGUUCAUUGUUUUGUUGAUCAUUAUUUAAAUAAAGAAACCUGCUUUCAAAAAUUCUAGUCACUAUUGACCACAUUUUCAAGUGAGCAUAAUUCAUGUUGCCAUGGCAAAUAUUUUUCUUUAAAAUAGAUAUGUUGUACUAAGAUUGCAAACGUUCUUACUUUCAUUUUAAUUGUUAUUGUGUGUUAAUUACUAAUUAUUGGAUUGUUCCUCAUAUUUUUAGCUGAUAUCAACUGGUGCUGUUAGUAUUUUUUCAAUUUAGUUAUUUUUCCUGUUAGCUGUUUUGUUACUAGUCUGUUGAAGUUGUGUGAAAAAUUAUAGAUCACCGCUUCAAGAAGCCAGUCAAAGCUGUGAUGUCAAACUCAACGACCAACUUAUCUUAAUUUCAAGGGUAAACAAUAUUACAAAUUAAUUAAAUGAAUUUCAGCUGUAUCUCUUGCUCCCUUGGAAUUAAUUUGUUUAAUUUGUAAAACAUGAACAAUAACAUGUACCUAAUAACUCAGAGACAAAGGGUUCAUGCUCUCAUAUUUACUAUGACAAUCGACAGUUUACUCAGGCAAAAAUGUUCUCAAAUUAUGGAGAAAAAAAUCAAUUAUCAGUAUCCGUUCUUGAUUACUAAAGCUGCUUUAGUAUGAAUACUCCAUGUCCUAAACACAUACUUAUUUCUGUGAUAAUGCAAAUAACCAUGACUCAUAUGGUUGCAUUUUGGACUUGCUAAAUAUUUUAACUACAAAAAUAUACUUCCCAAUUACAUAAUUACUUACAUGUAAUUUUGUCUUUGGUUCAGGAAGCUGUAAUGCAAAAUUUGGUCACUAUAGCAACUAAAGUAAAUUUUAAAAUGCAUACUGAUAUCAAACUGAAUUUCUCCAUGUGAAAUAAUAUUUUGUCACUGCAAUACAUUCUGUAAAAUAAGGUAUCUAAGAUCCAAUUAGUUAGACAUUUCGUCAUAAUUAACGCAUACUAGUUUACAUUGAAUAGUGUACUUAGCUUUAACCUUUAUUUUGAUAUACAUAUGUAUACUAUUUGUAAUUGCUGGUCAAUGUCAACUACAAACAUGGUGUGCCUUAUGUUCUGUACUGUUGUUGUUUUCAAGUUAUACUGUUUAUGUUCAGUCGUUUAGUGUACAUUUAUUAAUGUGUGAUAGAAAUAUUUUGAAGACGCACAAUUUUGGUUGAUGAAAAAAUACGUGUUUUUAAUGCGUUAAUAUGUUAAACUUCUUUGACUGUAAUGAUCAAAACCAAAAAAAAACAUGAUUAAGGUACAGAUGAAAAAAUAUUAACCUUGAUGAAUUUUAUUUUAGUUAUUAGCUACAUAGUCACAAGUUCCACAGUUAAAAAAGCACCAAAAUAUCGCUAAUAUUUUUUAAUUUGUACCCAUACGCUUUGUUUUUGUUUUGAUCAUUCAAAGUCAAAUGGGUUUAACAUGAUAAUGCAUUAAAAUUAAAAAAAGGCAUCAACCGACAUUGUGUUAAAGUUUUUAAUGUAAUUGUUGUUCGUGUCCAUUAGCCUGAUCCUGACUUGCAUGCAAGUAUAAUACAAUUAUUGCAUAGGAUCAGGUCAAUGUUGUCCAGUAUUACAUACUUUGUAUUGUAACAAACUAUCAUAUUCGUACAAUACGUAUUGGUGCUCUAUUAUGGAUAAAUAAAAAAAG